CCCGCGCGCGUUCCUAGGGCGCCACCUCUUUGCGACUCGCUCACUUCUCCGGCAGGUUUGCCUGCGAGCGUGUGAACAUUCCCCUGCUCGGCUUUCAACUCUCCUCCAACCUGCGCCGCCCGGCCAGCAUGACUCCCCGGCCGUGAAGCGGGGCCGCUGCUGCCCUGCCGCUCGCUCAGGCCGCCGCCGCCCCUCCGCGCCGCUGUUAACCCGCCCUCGCCGCCACCUGGCCCUCCUGAUCGACGACACACGCACUUGAAACUGGUUCCCAGGGUGUGUGGAAUCAACUUUCCGGAAGCAACCAGCCCACCAGAGGAGGUCCCCAGAGAGAGAGGAUACGAUGCUGUGGAGGCUGGUUCAGCAGUGGAGCGUCGCGGUGUUCCUGCUGAGCUACUCGGUGCCCUCCUGCGGGCGCUCGGUGGAGGAGCUCGGCCGCCGACUCAAAAGGGCUGUGUCUGAACACCAGCUUCUCCAUGACAAGGGGAAGUCCAUCCAAGACUUACGGCGACGAUUCUUCCUUCACCAUCUGAUCGCGGAAAUCCACACAGCUGAAAUCAGAGCUACCUCGGAGGUGUCCCCCAACUCCAAGCCUGCUCCCAACACCAAGAACCACCCCGUCCGAUUUGGGACUGACGAUGAGGGCAGAUACCUGACUCAGGAAACCAACAAGGUGGAGACGUACAAAGAGCAGCCACUGAAGACACCCGGCAAGAAAAAGAAAAGCAAGCCUGGAAAACGCAAGGAGCAGGAAAAGAAGAAGCGGCGAACUCGAUCGGCCUGGCUGAACUCGGGCGUGGCUGGGUGUUGGCUGGAAGCGGACCACCUGUCUGACAUCUCCGCGACAUCGCUGGAGCUCAAUUCACGGAGGCAUUGAAAUUUUCAGCAGAGACGUUCAGAAGACAUAUUGCAGGAUUCUGUAAUAAUAAACAUAUGGAAAGUAUUAGAAAUAUUUAUUGUCUGUAAAUACUGUAAAUGCAUUGGAAUAAAACUGUCUCCCCCAUUGCUCUAUGAAACUGCACAUUGGUCAUUGUGAAUUUUUUUUUUUUUUGCCAAGGCUAAUCCAAUUAUUAUUAUCACAUUUACCAUAAUUUAUUUUGUCAACUGAUGUAUUUAUUUUGUAAAUGUGUCUUGGUGCUGCUGAAUUUCUAUAUUUUUUGUAACAUAAUGCACUUUAGAUAUACAUAUCAAGUAUGUUGAUAAAUGACACAAUUAAGUGUCUCUAUAUUGUGGUUGAUUUUAAUGAAUGCCUAAAUAAUUAUCCAAACUGAUUUUCCUCUGCGCAUGUAAAAAUAGCAGUAUUUUAAAUUUGUAAAGAAUGUCUAAUAAAAUAUAAUCUAAAUUA